AGAAGCGGAAGGUGGCGGUAACGCGCCUGAAGUCUGCUUGUAAACUGCCGUUAAAUCCACAGAAGAAGAAGAAACGACGUCACGAACGUAAACAAGAGCAUGUCGCACAGACAGACUCAAGCAAGAGACAUGAACGGCCAAGCGGACGUCGAGGUUGACUACAAGCGGAAAUACAAAAAUCUCAAACGCAAAUUAAAGUUUCUUGUUUAUGAACAGGAAUGCUUUCAGGAGGAGCUGAGGAGAUCACAGAGGAAACUUCUCAAAGUUUCCAGGGACAAAAGCUUCCUUCUGGACCGACUGCUACAGUACGAGAGGGUAGAUGAAGACUCCUCAGAUUCAGAUGCAACAGUUUCUUCAGAAAACAGUGAAGGAGAAGGUCCCAGGGAGAGGGAAAGAGAACGAGACGGAGCAAAGAAGCGAAGAAGUAGUCCUGGGGCGUGUCUUCCUUCAUCCUCCUCCCCUCACCUCUCCCUGCUGUCCCGUCCGGGUGUAAACCCCCUGCAGUCGUCCGGCUCUGGACCCUACCUCAACACUGUUGUUGCCCCAAUGGCAGCUAAUUACCCAUCAGCCCCUGCGGCCCCUCCGGCUGCCAGCAGCCCCUUCAGCUGGGUUCCCAGACAGAUGCUAAGUGGAGACGCAGCUGAGGAGGAGGGAGAGAGCGAUGGAGACAGCGACAGAGGAGACGAAGACAGAGGGGAGGGAGACGAGGCUGAACUAGUCAUUGACAUCCCUAAUGAGUGAGCCUGAGCGUGUGUGUUUUAGAUUUAUUUAUAAGCAACGAAGUGUGUGUGCGUGUGCGUGUGCGUGUGCGUGUGUGUGUGUGUGUGUGUGGACUUUAGCUUAAUUGCAGUAUCACUGUCAAACAAUGUCUCCCAGAUAUUAUGUUAAGAAUUACAUCUGUGAAAAAGUAAUAGUUUUGUAAGCUUUUAAGAAAAGUCCAGUGCCCCUGGGACGAUAGGAUACUUUACUUUUUAAACCGUUUCGAGCUGCCUGCAGUGUAACAAUGGACUGAGACGAGGCGUGUCCUGCACAAAGAGCUUUUGUUUACUUGUUCUGCAUAAAUACUGAACUCCAUUAAAGCUGUCUCCGUGUGAUACAGAUGUUUCAGAUGUUACGUCUUCGCUACUUACAGGCAGUUCUGUCAUUUCUACUAUGUUCAUUUUUUUAAAACACAAUGUCAAAAAGCUUCAUGUUGAGAUGUUUGCACCAAUCACUGUGUGUGUGUGUGUGUGUGUGUGUGUGUGUGUGUGUGUGUGUGUGUGUGUGUGUGUGUGUGUGUGUGUGUGUGUGUGUGUGUGUGUGUGUGUGUGUGUGUGUGUGUGUGUGUGUGUGUGUCGGAGAAUAAAAUGUCAAAUGUUGUCAUUUCAGAUGACACAAAGUUUAAAGUGUGUGUCGGGUUUUUAUUCACAGUUGACAGCAUGUUAGACGUAGUGUUGUAUAGAAAGACUUGAUGCCCAACCCGAAGCAUCACACCCUAAAACCUGUCUAAACCCCGUCAUUCCACAGUUCCAGUCACUCACUGUGAAUACUUACUGUGUGCAGUAACUGUGUACCGACUACUACACUGCACUGAAGCUAUGAAUACAGAAUGUAAGCACCAUGUUUGUUAUUGCACAUGUUUUAUAUGAUGAUACCGCUCUUAUUAAAGCCCAGGGCUACGUGUGCCUCAUGUUUGAACCCGUUGUAGAAGUCAAAAGGAGAGCUGGAUAUGUGUCUGUGUCUCACUCGUGCACUGAUUACACACAAACUGCUCUUUUUGCCACUUGACGAUUUUGUAAAGGAGUCGGUGCCAACGUCGUGUCGCAACAGGAAAGUUUCUGAUAUCAAGCUGCAAUCUGCAAAGCAUAAAAAGGGAGUGUGUUUAGUCUGGGGAGGGAAGAAUCGCUGGACUCUGGGAGAGACAACGACCCGUGACUGUCACUGUCAGGAUUAAGCAUUAAUGAGGAUGUUAAAUUUAGAGCUCAGUUGCUCACAUUUUCCCCGGACCUCUAGUGAGAAGUCCUGCUUGAUAUGGAAGCAUUUCAUAGCAGCUAUUCCACUUUACACUGAAUCACUUUCAGGAAUGUGCUUUGCCAAGAAUAAUGGACAACCUCAGUGUUCGUGGG